AAUUUACGUCGCUAUUUUUACUAGCAUGUCAAAGGUCACAGAGCGCAUGGAAAGACGUCUGCACAUUUUUUGCUGCGUACUUUCUGAUAUUUUGUACCGAAAAGCCGGCUGAUUUUACCAAUCAUGGGGAAGAUUAAGCGUACGAGGCAGAAGUACCACAAUGCGGCGGUCAAACUGGGCCCUCAAGCCGAGGGGAAACUGGACAAUCCACCUCAGACUACAAAACUCCCGUCCCUCCCCCUCCCUGUGGGGACUCCAGUCUUCCCCACCGCAGGGCUAUUCCAUGGAGCAGACACACCCGACCCUGCAGCCCCCCUGUCCAUGGAGCAGGACAGACAGAGUGUGGUGUCGGGGAGAAGUAUCCGCACUGAGGGGGGAACCAGGGUCAGCAAGAAGGACAAGAGGAAAAGUAGGCAUGAUGCCUUCCUGCAAAAGCUAGAAGCUGCCCACACGGCCAAGAGGAAAGCAAAGGAGACGAAGAAACGACAGCAGACAGCCGUGGUAGGGGACAUGCAGCCGCUGAAGGACGCGCUGCCUCAGCUGACAGCAUUCCUGGAACAGCAGCAGGGUGGAACAGCAGCAGCUGGUCAGGAGAAGCAAGAAAAAGAAGGAACACUGAAGCCAAAGGAAAGGAAAAGAAUCGAACAAGAGGAGCUGUCCAGAUUCCAGCAGAUCUUACAGCAUCCCCAGUAUCGACACAACCCUGUCUCUACUAUCAUGGAACAUCUCAAGAACAAACUGUCGAAAGAACAGGACCGGAACUAAGGAGGCUACUUCAGUCUUGUCAAUUCAAAAAUGUAAUCUUCAAGCAGAUGUAUAGUAACAACUAGCUUUUGUACAUUGCCUGCUAUUUUGUAGUCUUUCAACUGGUGCUUUUUUCACACAAGUGUACAGAGACCUGGUCAUAUUAUAUACAUCUCAGUAGGAAUUAGGACAUCCAAAUAAAUUAUGCACACUUUGAUUUUUUGUCAUGACACAUUAAAAAAUCAUCAUGUCCCUGUAUCAUACAUGUACUUUUGUAUGAAAUUGAUUUAUUGCUACAAAGUGAACAAAAAAGUAGAUAAUCAGAGAAAAAUAGAAGGUGCUGGAAAUUAAAGAAACAUUUUUAUCCACCAUUUUUACCAUCUAGAAGUCCUAUUCAUUCGUUGUGCUAUACUUUGCUCAUGUUUUCAACUAACCAUAAAACAUAGCUAUUUUCUAUUGUUACAAAGUCCUUUCUGACUGGCUUAUUGUAUUAUCAGGGCCAACAAGAACUAAGAAGUCAAUGUGAUAGCUAUCUCUAUCCAAAAAAUUAUGUGCAGUUGUAUUAAAGAAACAAAAAGGUAGAAUCGCGUAGAUGAAGUCUACAACUUUUUUUGGUGAUCCCUGAUUGCAAUAAUUUCAGCAACUGCUAGAAGUCGCUUUUGAUUCAUGGCAGAAAGGUCAUAAGGAUUACAGUUAUGAUGCUGAUUUGUCUACAUUGUAAAGUACUAAUGAAGAACAUGUAUCUAUUCCCUGUACUGUAAUGAAUAGAAACUAAUGGCUGUAAAGCACUGAGAUGGGCCAGCUUGGUUAGAUAGAACAUAGCCUGACUAAAAUCGCGCUCCUAGUGGCCAACCCUUUCAGUUACAAGGGUCAUUAACCCCAGCCAGCAAGAGAUUGUGUAAACACAGGCUAGAUUAAACAGAAACAUUAGCAAAUAAACAAAGUCCUAACAAGCGAGACACGUGCAGACAAUUGUAAAUUUACCAUUGUGCCAAGUUUAUUCAUCUCGGACUUGCAGCCAUAAAACAAGACACAACAUCUCUAAUUAUGCAGAUUAUAACUAUUACAAUAAAAAAUAACAAGAUCACAUCUUUAGAUAAACUCAACACUAUAAUCAAUUAUGACAGGAUCCAACAAUUGCAGCAGUGCACUAACAUGUCUACAUACAAGGGUGAUGUCAAAUCUACAACUAACAUUAGAAAUUUGAGUGAAAGAAAAACAAGAACUGAAAAUGGCAGUUUU